GUGACGUCACAGCGUGCGUCGCUUGUGACUUGCGAAAUGGAGCUAGGAGCAGGUCCGAGCAACGAGUCAAUGUUUUUAAGGAUUUUGCUCCCGCAUAAAGAAGGAACGUCGACGGACAGAACAACAUCGUAAACAGUCUAUGUCAUUCUUCCACAGCAGCCAAGUUUCGCCUCAUGAAAUGCUGCACUUGAUAGGAUGAACAACAAUCAGGACGAUGAGUUUGUUGCAGUGCGGGUCCAAGAUCCCCGCAUUCAGAACGAAGGCUUAUGGAAUUCAUAUGUGGAUUAUAAAAUCUUCCUACAUACCAACAGUAAAGCCUUCACAGCCAAGACGUCCUGUGUGCGUCGACGCUACAGUGAGUUUGUCUGGCUCAAGAAGAAGAUGCAGAAGAAUGCUGGUUUGGUGCCGGUCCCGAACCUUCCAGGAAAGUCUCUUUUCUCCUUUAGCAAUGAGGACUUCUUGGAGAACAGACGGAAAGGACUUCAGGCUUUUUUGGACAAAGUUUUGCACAUGACCGUAUGUCUGUCAGACAGCCAGCUCCACCUCUUCCUGCAAACCCAGCUGCCGGUCGGUCACAUCCAGGACUGUGUUCAGGGUCACACCCCCUACUCUGUGACAGAUGCCAUUCUAACUUACGCCUCAUCCAAUUGGGGCUUAGCUCAAGCUCAGACUCCGGAGGACGAUUCCAUCAAGGAUCCAAGUCUGACCAUUUCUUACGAGUCCAUGGAGAGCCCGGCUCCUCAUCUGCCAUGCCUUCAAACUCAAGAGACUUUCAGCCCCAAGCUCCUCGCAUGUGAAGACUCUGACCCUCUUGCAGAUUUACUGGCGCUCUGUGAUAAAGGUACUACACAGGUACAGCACAACAAGAAAUCCUCAGUAAAGAUCUCCCAGAAGAGCCACCAUCUGAAGGCGGUUGUUGAGUGGGACGGCGGCUCCACAGACGCUACCUUUUUUCUUGGUGACAGCCCGGUUGAGCCCCAGAGCUGCGACCUUGCAGAACACACCCAGCAGAGGAGUGGUCAGAUACAGACGCCAGUAGAGGUCCAUUCACCCAUGGAGGCUGGCUUUGCAGAGGACUGUGUGCUGGGAAGUGAGGAGGAAGAGUGUACAGAAAGUAGAGCGGAGGAAAUGGUUGUAUCAUGUGAUACGGAAGAUAUGCAGGUAAAUGCUGAUCCGUCAGACAAUCCUUUGCUGGCAAAUAUCAACGAGGUCACCAGUGAGCCAGAGACAUGUGAGACUUCUGUUGUGACUUUAGAUUUAAAAUACAAUGCCUCAGAGGAGGGGAGCUCUCAGGAGGAAGUUUUCAAAGGUGUCAGUUCAGAUAAGCAGAUUCUAGAAAACCACACAGUCUCUGAGGUCAACCACACUGAUAACACUAAAUGUCCUGCUGUAGAUCUCAGCUGUGCAGAGGACGUAAAGAAAUCAGACGGGCAAAUAGAGCCAAGCAACAAAGACAACUGUGAAGUGGAUUUGAUUGGGUCCAAACACGAGCGCGACGAGGACAGCCAUUCACUGCCAUCUUCCAAUGAGAGCAUAGUCCAAGUCAGCGAUGAAGACAGCACGUGUGACGACACCGAGGAGUCGAUUCAGGCUCUGAACGGCGAUGUUUCUCAUCACAUUUUGGACCUACACGUGAAUGGAUGCCCUGUGGAAAAAGAGGACAUUUCUGCACAUGACGAUGAAGACCUACGAUAUAUGACAUCUCUGAACCUUAACUCCACCGAAGCUGGUGAAAGCUUGAGUGAAAGUGGUGACAUCAGCAUCUUGGAGACCAACUGCAUGCCUGGAGUCGCCGAGGAGGAGGAGGAGGCUUGGUCCUCGCCGAUGUUGGACACCUCAGAGGAGACUCGCGAAAUGCAUAUGUGUUAGUUGAACGGCUGCAGCGACAUCAGUGGUCCAGGAGAACACACGGCCCUGUACGAAGGCUGCCGCAACAUCACCGGUCCAGAUUCUGGACCGCCAAAGACGCAUUCAGUUACACAGACAUCAACAAGGGUCAUACUAGGAGUUGUCUUUCACUUGCAAACACGAUUUGGUCUGUUAGUGUCCGACAAGGUCAGCAGCAUAUUCCAGCCUGUUGUGAUGUUGUCAUCAUUUGUUUUAAAAAAAAAAAAAUAGGAUUUAUCAAUUUUAAAAUGUAGGAUUUUAUUUCCACGCAGAUCUCAGUUUUCUCCUCGGCCUUGUGUUCUUUGGGAACAGCAGAGGAUAUCAGUGUUCACUUAAAGGUUCAGUGUGUAACGUUAAGGACGAUUAGUUGAAUAGAUGUUGGCUGAAGCAGACGCUUACAAUGCAAACGAAGAACACAGAAUGCACACAAAAAAAAAGAGGAAACGGCAGAGAGGGUAAGACCUGAGUCAUACUUUCCACAGAUGAGGUCAGCUGUGGUCUGCGCAGUGUCACGGAACAUAUGACCCAGGCG